AUCAGAUUCAACAACAAUAUGAAUUCCAGAAACGAAACACAUGUUUCAAAUUUCCUUCUCAUGGAAGUAACAGAGGAUCCGGAACUGCAGUCCCUCUUUUUCAGCCUGUUCCUGUCCAUGUAUGCAUUCACCGUCCUGGGGAACGUGCUCAUCAUCCUGGCUGUCAGCUCUGACUCCCAUCUGCACACCCCCAUGUAUUUCUUUCUUUCCAACCUGUCUAUUAAUGACAUCUGUUUAAGCACAACCACGAUCCCAAAGAUGCUGGUGAACAUCCAAACACAGAAUCAGAGCAUCAGUUAUCCAGGCUGCCUUACACAGGUCUGCUUUCUCCUGGUAUUUGCCAGUCUGGAAAGUUGUCUUCUUGCAGCAAUGGCCUAUGAUCGCUAUGUGGCCAUUUGUCACCCAUUGAGGUACACAGUCAUUAUGAACUCCCGCUUCUGUGCGCUGCUGAUUCUACUCCCUCUGGUUUUUAUCAUUAUGGAUGCCCUGCUCCACAGUCUGAUGGUGUUGCGACUGUUCUUCUGCACAGAUGUGAAAAUCCCCCUCUUCUUCUGUGAAGUUGUUCAGCUCAUCAAGCUUGCGUGUUCUGAUACCCUUAUCAAUAACAUCCUGAUGUAUUUUGCAACUAGUGUAUUUGGUGGUAUUCCUGUGUGUGGAAUCAUUUUCUCUUACAUUCAAAUAGCCUCCUCUGUUUUGAGAAUACCAUCAGCGGGUGGAAAGUAUAAAGCUUUUUCCACCUGUGGGUCUCACCUCUCAGUUAUGUCCUUAUUUUAUGGGACAGGCAUUGGAAAUAACAUUAGUUCUGCUCUCACAAACUCUUCUAGAAACACUGCAGUGGUUUCAAUGAUGUACACUCUUGUCCCUCAAAUGAUGAACCCUUUCAUCUAUAGCCUGAGGAACAGGGACAUGAAGGGAGCCUUGAGGAAACUCAUCAGUAGGACAGCUUCUCUUCAGUGA